AGUUGGGAGUUGGGAGUUGGGAGUUGGGAGUUGGGAGUUGUUGGGCUACACUCGACCAUCAGCCGCCAAGUGUAAACAAACCCAGACGCGUCUAUGGACACACACGGCGCGUCUCAGCCUCUCAUCCCGAACCACCUUUGAAAGGCCCUGGUUUGUGUUUACUUCUUUCCUAUUACGGCCAAGGAACCCUUGAUCCAGGGCCCAUUUAUGGACCGCCGUGACUCGAAUGUUUUGACUUCUCUUGCCCUCUUCUCUCUCUCUCUUCUUUCUCCUCCCAUCGCGUCUCUGUUGGUGUAUCUGUUCAUAUCUGUUCAUGUCUCCUCGUUCAUGGUCACUGCCAUGAAGCAUUUCUUUUCACCAUAAUUCACCACACGAGACUACUAAUAGCAGCAACCUGUGAUAUACACAUUCAACAAGAGACUACUACAACUAGCCCCCACCGCCAUCCAACAAUGACAGACCUUCCCAGUCCUGCUCCCUCGAGCUCUACCUUCCACGAUGAGCUCCCAAUAGCUCUCAGACGAGCCCGGAGAAGCUGCUCAAACCAGAACCUCCUACAAGAUUCUCCCUCCAAGCCUUCCCGCCGAAGCAACCGCGUCUUUGGAAUCGAAACCCCCCCAGCAACUCCCCAACGGGGAAAGAAGCGUGUCAGGUUCUCUGAUCCAGGCCCUGCUAUUGCAGCAGCCACUGGCUUAACGCCCUUCAUCUCCCGGCAAUUCUCGAUUUCCACGCCCUCGAGCAAUCGCAGGCACUCGGCCCCCAGCCGAUGGAAUCUUGCACAAGAUUAUACCCCGCUCUCAGGCACUCUGCAGUUUGCACCACUCCGUCAAGUCCUCGAUGGAAGAGUCAAGAGACGCAUCCGAAGAAACCGACUGAGCGAGGAGAUCAAUACUAUCGAAUGGGGAAAGAAACAAGAGAAGAAGGCUGAGCGGGGAGAGAUAUCGAGGCUUCAACAUGCACUCCGCCAGAAGGAUAUCGAGCUACAAUACCUACGCGAAGAACAAGAAACGGCAAGCCAACUAGGUGGCGAAGCUCUGACUCCAACGGCUCGAGUACACGACCUCGAAGCACAAGUCGCUGAGCUCAAAGCAGAGUUAGAGAAGAGGGAAGUCUCCGGACAGGAUGACCCCAACUGGACUAUGGCGGCCCGUGACCCAUACGACGAGGAUGCUUUCAUGCAAGAUUAUGAUAACGACUUCGACGACGGCAUGACCGAGAUGAUUAUCAGCACCCCACUACGCCGCUCCUUCCCCUCACCACCCGCAACAGUCCCCAACACCCCCAGCAAACGGCCAAUCAACCACACCAUCGGCAUCCAAGCCUCACUACCCGACCCCUCCAACCAACUUCUACAACAGCAGCUCCAAACCCUCCAAAACGAACUCGCCUCCCUCACCAAAACACUCGAGCUCAGCACCAGCACCCAUGACCGCCUCUCCGCCAAGCUCGCCCCCUUCAUAACCCCCAUCGACGCCUGCCCCCACGAAUCCCUCGAUUUCGCCCUCGACAGCGUCCUCACCCACCUCGCCCUCGCCCAAUCCUCGGAGCUCGAAUCAACACACCGCUUCACAGCCCUAACCACCGAACUCCACGCCCUCUUUCCCACCACCACCACCAGCACACCCUCCGGCGCCUCAGCUGAAGAAAUCAUUCAAGCUCUCCACUCCCAAUUCCGCGCCGCCCGCCUGGAACUCGAGUACCUCCUCCCCGGCGAGCAGCCAGAGGGCUUCGACAACACCGCCCUCCUCUCCAUGCUCCUCGCCCGCCUCCGCCAACUCGUCGACAGCGUAAAGCGCCAGGACGACCAUAUAGACCAGUACCACGAGCAGGAACUCUCUCUGCGCUCCCAACUCUCCGCGCGCGUCUCCGCCAUGCAAGGACUCCGAGAGAAACUCGCCAGCGCAGACGUCGUCAUCCGCACCCUCGAGCGCGAAGUCGGCGACAAGGACGCGGGGUUACGCAAACUCACCACUGCGCUGGAGAGUUACCGCACUGAAGUCUCGAAUCUGGAAACUCUCAUCUCCCGACUGGAUGUCGAGCACACCGCUACGCUGGAAUCGGCAAAACAACAACUCACUGACCUCCACGCCGCGGCGGAAUCACGUAUUCAGGAGGAAAUGAACAACGCUGUCACCAUCCAGGGGCAGGCUGAGGAGCGAAUUCGCCAGGGGAUGGAGAAUGCUGCGUCGAUACAGGCACAGUCCGAACAACAGACUGUGCAGGCGGCUGCGGAAUCGGAGUUACAUGACUCCCUCAUUCGCGAGCUGGACGCGCGUCUCUCGUGCGCGAUUGAGGCUGCGGAUGCUCUGCGUGGUGAUCUGGAGGAGCUGGCUACCGCCCACGCUGCCGAGACAUCCGCUCUCCGCGCCCUAUCCACCCAGCGCGAGACAGAUCACGGCACGUCCCUCGCCCUCCGCGACGCGCGCGUCUCGGAACUCCGAGAGGAAAUUGAACGCGUCAACGCGGCGCUCAAGGGAGCACAUGACACGAUCGCGACGCUGGGGAGGAGGGUGAGGGGGUUGGAGAUCGUGGUGGAGGGGGAGAAGAUGAGGGGGAGGGAGGGGGUUGAGAGGAUUAGAGGGGAGCUGAGACGGGUGCUUGAGAUGGGGAAAGGUGGGACGCCCGGGAAGGGGGGUGCUAGUAGGGGGGUUAGGAGGGCGUUGGGGCUGGAGAUUAAUGGUGGGGUUGAGGGAGUUGAUGGGGGUCUGGGUGCUGGGGUAGGCGAAGGGGUAAUAGAGGGACCGAAGGUGGGUGUGGUGAGACAGGGAGGUUUGUUCGAUAAAGAGCUUGCCAGACGGAGAAGUGAUAGUCUAGGCGCGGGAGGGGAGAAGAAGAGGAGGAGGUAUGAUUCGGGGCUUGGGUUUUUGGAUGAAGAGGAGGGGGAGGGUGGACGGGCGCUUUAG